CUGGGAAGGAGGAGAAUCCGGAGGACGCACCUGAACGCAAGAAACGCACACAGUCACCUUCCAGCGGCAGGACGCGUGAGACUAUAAAGCAUGGCCAUCCCGAUAGCCAUCUUGGACUGUGAUCUUCUCCUGCACGGGCGAGGCCAUAAGACUCUGGAGCGCUUUGACCUGGACACCGUUUCAAACAGCGUUCUCCUCUCAAACUUUGGGUUUCCAAGAGACUUCAUCCUGUAUCUAGUGGAAUUACUGAGAGAGACUCUUUCCAGGAGAACCCUGAGAUCCAGAGCAAUCAGUCCUGAGGUUCAGGUGUUGGCAGCGUUGGGCUUCUAUACAUCUGGCUCAUUCCAGACGUCAAUGGGGGAUAUAAUAGGGAUCAGCCAGGCGUCCAUGUCCAGAUGUGUGACCAAUGUGACUAAAGCUCUGGUGGAGAAAGCUCCAGAGUUCAUCACUUUCAAUAGAGACCCGUCGAACAGAGAGUACUCCUUCCAGGAGUUUCAGAGGGUGGCAGGAUUUCCAGGAGUCCUCGGCGUUCUCGACUGUGUUCAGGUGGCCAUCAAAGCCCCGAACAGCGACGCCUCCUCUUACGUGAACAAGAAGGGCUUCCACUCCAUAGCCUGCCAGCUGGUCUGUAACGCCCGGGGACUUUUACUGAGCGCUGAAACAUGGCCCGGCGGCCUGCAGGACACCAAGAUUCUGCAGAGGUCAGCCAUUUCCAAACAGCUGCAGGACAACGAGGAGGGCUGGCUGCUGGGCGAUGGACGUUAUCCUUUGAAGAAGUGGCUGAUGACACCAGUGGAGAGCCCAGGAACAGCUGCAGAGUUUCAGUAUAACCUGGCCCACACGGUGACACAUGAAAUAGUGGACAGAACUUUCAGGGCCAUUCAGACCAGAUUCAGAUGUUUAGAUGGCAUCAAAGGGAACCUGCAGUAUUCUCCUGAGAGGAGCUCGUCCAUCCUCCUUGCUUGCUGCGUUCUGCACAACGCCUCCCUGCAUUCCGGCCUGGACGCCUGGACUCUGGAGAGGACAGAGCCACUGGAGCAGCCCAAGGGCCCCGAGGAGACGCUGGAGGACUGGGACAGCGAGGCGGAGGAGCUCCGGAAACACAUCAUACUGAAACACUUCAGCUAGAGACUCCACAGAGGACAGAGACCAGAAAAAGACUGGAUGGAUGGAUGGAUCAAUCAAUGAACAGAUGGAUGGAUCAAUGAUUGAAUGGAUGAAUGAUUGGAUGGAUGGUAAGUAGACAUCAUGGAUGGUUGGUUGGCUGGUUGCAUGGAAGGAAAACCAACAAAUAACGAAUGGAUCUCUCCAUCCUUUUGCGUUAAACACAGAGAAGAAUGAAAUCCACAGGCACAGAGUUGCUGAUGCAGAUUUUUAAUAUUUUGCUCAUUUCUACUCUACUGACUACACUACGAUAACAUAGAUAUAGAUAUAUAUAUAUAUAUGUAUAUAUAUGUGGAGGAACAUGCAGGACUCUAUACAACAAACAGAGACAACAACACAUCCAAACACAUUUCAAACAGCCUGGCGCCCCCUAGAGGUUCGCCUCCUGGAGUUUUAGGACUAAUCAAACUGUGUGUAGAUGCUGUGUCAUCUCAGUUAAUUACAAAUGGACUCCCCCCAAUCCCUAAAUCAUCAUUUCUUUUAUUUUGAUGCCCCUCCCCCCCCUUUUGUUUUCUUCCCCACAGGACGUUCCACAGGCUAAAAUCUGGGAUUAUGACAGUACAAAAACAAGACCCACUAUUUACAACAACUAUGCUGGAAGUUGUCAUCAAUUAUGUACAUUUGGUAUUUGGUCCCAGACGAAAUAGAGAGAGAGAGAGAGAAAAAGAGAGAGAGAG